CAGGAAGCAGUGGAAAGUCUUCUUAGACUGUUGCGCAGUCGACAUCAGUGUUUUCUCGUAAAUGUCGUUGAUCUGUCAUCAGCUAGUAUUUGAGCUAAGGCUGCCGUGAGUAAAUUGAACAAUUACGAAACAGGUCUGUCAUAACCGUAUAAGCGCCGCGGUCAGUUAACUACGAUGGCUGCGGGGAUGUUCGAAAUUCUCUGUGCCUGCGUGGUGAUCUUAUAUUUACUUUAUUAUUAUUUCACCGCCGACUUUGACUAUUGGACAUCGCGCGGGAUUAUUGGACCGAAACCCGUCCCGCUCUUCGGCAACAUCGCCGAAUUCAUGCUGGGCAAGAAAUGCAUGGGCGAUUUCUACAAAGAUAUUUACGACCGAUACCCGAAAGAGGCCAUGAUGGGUGUGUUUUUAAGAGCGAACCCCGUGCUCAUUCUGAGAGAUCCUGAGUACAUCAAGCAGGUGCUGAUCAAGGAUUUCACCAUCUUUGCCGAGCGGGAAGGAAUUGUUUAUGAAAAGGCCGAACCCAUGUCCAUGAACCUCUUCAUCCUCGACUCUGUUAGAUGGCGACCAUUAAGAACGAGGCUCUCGCCCGUCUUCACGUCCGGGAAGUUGAAGAACAUGUUUCACUUGGUGUUGAAUUGUUCCGAUCACUUUGAGAAGUAUCUGAACGAGACAGUGUCUAAAGACGGUAUCGUCGAGUGCCUGGAUCUGACGUCCAAAUUCACUGCCGACGUGAUCGGCUCGUGCGCUUUCGGCCUCGAAAUAAACGCGCUGAAAGAAGAAAAUAAUAAGUUCCAGGAAAUAGGUCAUAAGAUCUUCCGUUCCACUCCAAAGACCGUGUUUAGAACCUUGCUCCGAGAAAUUCCGUGGAUCUACAAGCACUUCGGAUAUAUUUUGGACGAGCAUGACGUGACCAAGUUCAUAACGAACAUUACCCGCGACACUAUAAAGUACAGGAAGCGGAACAACGUGCGCCGACACGAUUUUAUCGAUACACUUAUCGAUCUCAAGGAUAAUCCUGACAAGCUGGGCGUUAAUAAUGUAACGGAUGAAUUCAUUGCUGCCCAAUCGUUCGCGUUUUUCGCGGCUGGUUUCGACACAUCUUCCUCUACAAUGUCCUAUACAAUAUAUGAGUUGGCGCAAAAUCAAUCAGUUCAAGAAAAAGUUCGAGAGGAAAUUAAGGAAGUCCUUAACAAUAAUAACGGAGCAAUAACAUACGAUAACAUCAAAAAGAUGAGCUAUUUAGAAAUGGUUUUUAAAGAGACUCUCAGGAAACAUCCACCAGUAAUGUAUCUCGCGAGGAAACCUGUAAGGAAUUACACUUUUGAGGGGACUAAAAUCGAUCUACGAAAGGGACUACAAGUGGUUAUACCUAUUUAUGCUAUUCAUAAUGAUCCGAAUAUUUAUCCAGAUCCGGAAGUUUUCGAUCCCGAACGAUUUAGCGCGGAAAAUAUGGAGCAGAGAAAUUCCAUGUAUCAUUUACCUUUCGGAGAUGGUCCAAGAAACUGUAUCGGAACAAGAUUCGCCGCUAAUCAGACCAAGAUUGGUCUAAUUAAAGUGCUAAUGAAUUAUAAAAUAGACGUUUGCGAGAAAACCCAGAUUCCAAUUGUCCAUGCUCCGCUGAGCUAUUGGAUGUUGCAAACAACUCACGGUAUAUAUGUAAAAUUGACCAAGCUCGCCUAACAGGAUAAUUACAACGUCAUAUGAUUUGUAUGUAUUGUACUAUAUAUAUAUGUAUACUUAUUAGUAAAUUAAGCAAUGCAAAAUGAUGCAUGUAUGAACGUGUCGUGGCCACCGAGCCGAGCCGAAAGCUAUGACGGCACCGUCACUCUUGGCAGUCGGCGAGGCUGGCGAGGCACGAGAGCGGGAUGGCCUCUCUCAGGUUUCUAGUUUCUCUCUGGUAGGGAAUAAAAUAUCUUCCAGCCGUAGAAAUUUCACAGAGCACAUUUUUUUUAUCGAUCGAAUGCUGCACAAAUUAUCUCAUAAUUUAACUACUUUUACACUUCUCUUUAUUUAGAAAAUAUAUAGAAUAUUAUCAACUUUUAUUUAAUUGUAAAUCAUCAAAGAGAACAAUGAAAAUUAAGAUAGCAUAGUAUAAAAUGCACUCAAUUAAUCAUUUUAAAAACCAUGCAAGUAAUGUAGAAUUUAAAUAGAGAAUUAAAUCAGCGCGCGAUAUGAAGUUUUAAUUUAAAAUAUAAUAAUUUGAAAAACGAAUAAACUCUGUAUGAGUGCAAAAUUCAUUUAUUUAAUCAUGUUGUAUACAUGAAUUAGAAUAAUUAGAUCUUCAAACUUGCUGAAUAUGUCUGUUACGAAAUUUACAAAAAUUGUUUUCGACGCAGAACAAAACUUAUCGUAAGAAUUCGUGACUGAACUUUGCUCGAUUCGAUGGGCGAAUCACGUGCAUGAUGAUUACACCGAUCGUAUAUACAGAAAUAACAAUUCGAUGAAUUAGAAUGUAACUAUUAUGUUAUCAAAUAUUUCCAUAUAACAGUUAUACAGGUCAAUAAGAAUUCUGCCGUAUAUAAAAAUUCUGUAUAAUAAAAAUUUCUAAUAAUCGUA